UUCAACUACUACUUUAGACACAUAUUUUCAAAUUCCAUCUGAUUAUAUAACAUUUAUAACACACGCUUUUUGGAGUAUAGAUGAACGGAAUUUGUUUGGUGAUUUAUAUAACACCUUCAAUGAAAUGGACAAACAAUAUUUUUCCCUUCAACAAAACAAUUGUUUGACCGUGAAAGAUCUUACUCUUGAGCCUGGACGAACAUACAGAUUAUCAGUGAAGUUUUGUGCAGACGAAGUUUGUUUUCCUGCGCUCAAGACUAGUGGUGUAACAAUCAUACCAAACAAACCUGUUACCGGACCAAUAUCGAUUAAAUACACAAAUCAUACUAACAAUACAGAUAAGAUGGAAGUUAUGUUUGCAAAUAUGUAUGAUCCCGACAUUUUGGAUGAAGAAGAAGCAAGACAAGUAGUAUCAUAUUACGAAUACAGUCUACAGGAUAGUUCAAAUGGAAUAUAUCAUUCUUGGUUGAAAGUAGAUACCAUAACCGCACUAAACAGCUCUUUUUCACACUUUUCAAUCUAUUUGUUGGGUCAAAUGGAUUUUUCAAAAUGUCGAAUUAUUGCCUUACGUGGAUAUAAUAGAGCCGGUGUGUGGCAGACAUCAUUUGCUGAUAUCAAACAGUGCACAGUACAAGCUGGAAAUCAAAUUAUUGUCCCCAACAUAGUCAUAGAUGCUACUGGAGAGCAACAAUUAAAUGGAGAUGGAUCAAUCAGAGAUGGAUAUGGCAAAGAAAUAUAUCUUGAAGAAAAUGACAGAUGGAAUAUUGAAGACGGGGAUUACACUCCUUAUAAAAACAUUUUAAGCGCUGUGUGACACUCACUUCGACAUAAAGACUUUGCAUGGGCAGUAAUUGAAAUAAAAACAUUAGAUUCAGUAACAUACUACAAAGAUUUCAACAGCAUGCAUCUUUCUGAUCCAUGUUCACAUCCUGAUAUUGUUUCAUGUGGACAUACUGAGAAUGCUUUUAUAAACGUUUUAUUCAAUGACGACAAUCCUCUAGAGCACGGUAAACGUUACACUGUAUGCAUUCACGCUCCAUCAAAAGCCCUUCAUCAUGAGAAAUGGACAGAGCUACUGGAGGAAAUUAGUGUUUGCAGUGAUGGUAUCACUGUUGAUCUUACAUCUCCUAUAACAGGAAAAGUUUGGAUUGGACCAGUUGCAGAUAUUCAGUACAAGUUUCAGACCACAACAUCAGAUAUUUUCGUAAAUUGGGAAUCGUUUAUGGAUGUUGAAGAACAUGGUACAGCAAGUCACAUUACUGGUAUACGCCAAUAUCAAGUUGCUAUCGGAUCUGUAGAAGGCGGGUCAGAUAUAGUUGAAUUUACAAAUGUUGGUAUUGUGAACCAUAUAACAUUUCACAAUCUGAACUUACAGAACGGACAUGAUUAUUUUGCAUCAGUUAAAGGAAUUGAUUUUUCUGGAAGAAGUUCUACAGCACACUCUGCCUCCAUAAGAAUAGACUCCACUCCACCACACCUAACAUCAAAACCCAUUGUAAUCGAUGGCAGACAUAUUAGAAACUUUAGUGAUAUAAACGCAUGCUGGAAAGAUGUGUUUUUCGACUUGGAAAGUGGAAUUAAACAUUAUGUAUUAGAAGUAGGCUCUAAACCUAACUUUGGAGAUAUUGUACAACCAAUUGAGACAAGUGAAGACUGUGGAGUUUCUAUUCAGUAUUUGGAUAUCAAUGCACAUCAAGGACAUGCAUACUUUAUUACAGUUAAGGCUAUCAAUAAAGCAAAUUUAGUAACAACUGCAUCUUCAUGGGCUUAUAUUUAUGAUAAAACUCCACCAGAAGUUGGACAAGUAUUUGAUGGAUUUUUGCAUGAUAUAAAGCUCACUAAGAAAGAUAUAGACUUUCAAACCAACUCAGAUAAGCUUGGGGCUCAUUGGGAAAAAUUCUAUGACCCACAUACAACAAUAAAGACUUACAAAAUCGCCAUUGGAACUUGUGCUGGGUGUGAUGAUGUGUUACAAACACAUGAUAUUGGAUUAAUAUAUGAGUUCGUGUUAAAAGGAAUAAAUUUUGCCGUCGGUAGGCGAUAUUACACGACAGUCACUGCAUGUAAUACAGCUGAUCUUUGUUCUUCUGUCACUUCUGAUGGAGUGAUUAUUGACAACAGUCCUCCAAAUAUUGGAAAAAUAAAGGAUGGAGCAGAUUAUAUAGACAUACACUAUCAACCUUUAAGAUCAUAUGUAGCUGCAACUUGGCAUGGUUUUAAUGAUCCACAAUCGGGUUUGGAUAAAUACUCAAUAAGAGUUGGAACAUCAAUCGGAGGAAAAGAUAUAAUAUUACAGACUGAAUUGCCGUUGACAGAUAUAGUUGUGUUUCCGAAUGUAACUGAACCAAUUCCAACUAACACAAGAAUCUACGUAACUGUUCGUGCAUACAACAAAGCAGGUCUUUACUCUGAAGCAACAUCAAAUGGUUUCUUGGUUGAUGAUUCCCCUCCAGUUUUCAGUAGCAAGCCUAUAUUGUUUCAACAGCUUGGAUCAAGACGAGAAAACUCAAUUAUUUAUAGGAGUUGCAUGAAAAUCACAUGGGAAGUUAGUGACGGUGAAUCAUACAUUGAAAGACAGUAUAUAUCAGUAAAUUCCCACAAGGGUGGUGAAAUUAAUUCAACUUCUACAAAGCUGAAUGGAAUUGUACGUGAUUUUACUUAUACAAGACUGAAUCUACACGACGGUGGUGAAUACUUUGUUACUCUUAUUGCAUGUAACGGGGCGAAAAUCUGUGUAACAGAGAAAUCUGAUGGAAUUUUCGUGGACAAUUCACCUCCAAUCACAGGAACGUUUGCUAUUGAAACGGACCAUGCUGCUAAAUUAAAUCGCCAUGUUGAUGGUUGGUGGAUGAAGUGGUCAACAUUCAAAUUGUGGUUGGCAUGGAUAGGUUUCUCUGAUCUUCAUUCUGGUAUAGACUAUUAUAUGGUAUCGGUUGGUAGUAGAUAUAUGCUGGAUGAUCUUAAUAGUGAUAAUAAACCAAAGAAAUUUCAACACAAUGGUGAUGGCGUAGAUAAGGGAGACGAGGGGAAAGUACAGACUUUUGAAGUAGAUACAACCAAAUUAACUGACUAUGAAUAUGUGUUCAUCAGUGUUUGGGCAUUUAAUGAAGUUGGACUUCAGAGUGAUAUGAUUCAUAACCAAUUCCGUUUGAUUCCUGGUGGCUCGCUAGAACUGAUAAGACGUUGUUCUUCUAAUACAUGCCUAGGACAUUGUGUAUGUGCACCAAAAGAUCAAAGAUGUCCAAUUGAAGAAUCAAUAUGUGUAGACAGUACACAUAAUAAUACAAACACCUUUAUCGCUAUAUAUGACCUGACUGAUUUACAACAAGGGGAAUCAGAAGAUAUUAACUUUACACCUUCACAUGACGCACUAGCAGCUAGAUGGAGAAUAGUUCAAAUUCAGGGUUUAUUACCACAAUGGUAUGAGUGGAGCGUAGGGAUAACAGACUCUAAUGAACCAGAAGGGAUAAUUGACAGCACAAAGGAAAAUGUUUGGCAUCCUUGCGGUCAGAUAGAUUAUGCUAUCUACACUUUACCUAGAGGAAAAGUUUUGAGUGACUUCCAGAGAUACUCAUUCUUUGUCAGAGCAUGGUAUGACAGCAACACUUUUGCUGACUUUCAAUCUGAUGGUGUAACAGUUAUGUCAAAACCUCUGACGACAACGAACUUUGUUGGCGCGGGGGUACUGGAACAUUUUCCUGGCUACUGGAAGAAGGAUGUUGAUCAUAUGCUACGAGGCGGGCUUUUUUCUGUUUCAUGGCAUGAAGCAUUUAUAAAGGCCACCACUGUUAUAGAGAAGUUUCAUGUUUAUUUAAGUACUUACCCGGGUGGUCAUGACAUACACAAAGUUGAAAUAGAUAUCCACGGAUCAGUAUCAACGGUUAAUAUCAGCCGAGUGCCCCUAUUACCCGGUGUUUGGUAUUAUUCUAAUGUGGUUGGUUACAGUUAUGCUGGACAACACGUGACACUGUCAUCAGAUGGGUUUACUGUAGAUAUAGAUAAACCAUUAAUCGGAGUUGUACAUGACGGCAUCGGACAUAGGGAAAUUGAUUUUCAAAACAGUUCACAUGUCGUUGGAGCAUCCUGGAGUGGUUUUGUAGAUCAUGACUCUGGUAUUCAGAAGUAUUACUGGUGCGUUCAAAGUGAAAUCACCGAUACUGAAUGUGAUGUGGUACCUUUUCAAAAUGUUGGUAUUCAAAGAUCAGUAUCCAAAUCUAUCAACUCGUCUAUGAUACACUCAGGUUCUAAGGUAGUAAGCAAGGUAUAUGCUGUUGAUUUUGUUGGCCAUGUAUCGGACAUUGCAACAUCGGAUGGUGUCACAAUUGAUGAAACCCCACCAAAACCGGUAAAGCGGAUUUUCACUGAAAACAGUAUAAUAAAGAACCCAUCAUUUGAAGACAGUGAUAAUAAUUUUGUAGACAUUUCAAACAUUUCCGCAGCUAAUAUUUGUGGAUAUACAAAACCAUAUCACUGGAAUUUUUCCGAUGAGGAUUGUAUUUGCGUCCUGGGUUCAUCAAAAUCUAUUGCUAUGGAUGGUCGAUCAUUUUUAUUUCUCAGAGGAAGUGUAUUGCAAACAUUAUUUAAUUUACAAAUAGACAACACUUAUAGCAUUAAAUUAUUUACUGCUCAUGUCCCCUUUGAAGAUUCAGUGCGUUCUACUAAAGAAGGUUAUAUUGAAUUUGGAAAUGAAAGACAUGUGUUUCUUCUGUACCAAAAACAAGACAAACAUGGUUCUGACAUUGAAGUAUCCUGGCAUUCUCAUACAUUUUUCUUUACUGCUAAGAAUUCAAAUGUUAAUAUUUCAUUUGGAAGCAUGGACGACACCACAGGCAUUUUACUCGAUAAUAUUCAGAUUUCUAUGGCUGAAUUAUUUGAUGUAGAGAUUAACUCUUACCCGGUUUUAUCUCACGCAAUUUGGCUACACGAAUGGUCAUCAAUACAUGCCUCAUGGCAAUUUAUCGAUGAGGAAAGUCCUAUUGUUGAAUAUCUCUGGGCUAUUGGUUACAAAGAGGGAAGCACAGAAAUACAGCGAUAUACAAGCGUGGGGCUAAACACAUUCGCCAGCAAUUAUAAUAUUACAUUAGCACACACGUCUACAGUUCACAUAACAGUUGUUUCAAUCAAUGGUGCUAGGUUGUCGGCAGUAGCCACAGCAGACGCCCUUUAUAUUGACCUGACACCUCCUGAUAUAGAAUUCGUUUAUGACGGAAUUGGUUAUGACAUAGACAGUCAAACCACAGAUGAAAUCAUCGCUAACUGGCUGGUAGAAGAUUUGGAGUCUGGAUUAUCGUAUUGUGAAUGGGCUAUUGGUUUUAGUGAAUUUGGUAAUGAGGUUCAAGCGUUUGUCCGAAUAUCGUCUCAACUGUCAUCUGCGUCCAAAGUAUUUGACCAUAGUUUAAUAUCAUCAAAGACGGUCUAUGUAACACUACGAUGUCAAAAUAAGGCAGGCUUACACUCAAAGAAAUCAUCAAAUGGAGUUACAAUAUCAGACAGUCCUCCAUCUAUACAGAAUGUUCAAGUUCAAAUUCUUGACCAACCUAUUACGGAAUAUAAAAGUCAAUCCAACUUCCAUGGAAACACCUCUACUGUGCGGUUAAAGUGGAUGGGCUUUGAAGAUAAAUCAGGCUUAGAUUCAUUUCUUGUUAAAUUUGAAAACCAAGACAAGACGGUUUCAUUAUCAGAGACAGUUCUUUAUGAUCAUGGUGGUGUAAUGUACUGUAGUAUGACUGGUUUUGAACUGCAUGAUGAACAGUACGUAGCCAGAGUAUCCGCAAUUAAUAAUGCAUUUCUAUCAAGUCAACCUGUAUCAACAAAUAUUUCUGUGUCAACAAAAAAUCCUCAAAUAUCAGAAACAAAGUCAAUCACAAUGUCUGAGAAGAACAGAACUUUAACCAUAAACUGGGAUACGUAUUUUACCUCUGCAUUUACCAUGUACUAUGAAGUGUCUGUAGGAACAGCUUUGAAUGGGGCGGAUAUUGUACAGUGGCAGGAGACGACAAACGACUUUCUAGUGAUGUAUGUCCCAUUUCGAGUUAAAUUCUACAGUGGAAUGAAUAUCUAUGUUACAAUAACCGCUAUUGGAUUACAUGGGCAACAUACUUCGAAAACUGUUGCUCUGAAUAUUUAAUAAAUAUGUUUGUUCUAUCUAAAGUGUGUUGACACACAAUUGCAAUAAUUCUUGUAAAUAGUCGCUGCAACAAGCAUCUUAUCUGAUAACUCUGUGUGUAACAAUUA